UUUAUACUCUUUAUUUUACUCUCUAUGCUAUCAAUUUCCAGUAUUUGCUACUUACUAUAAUGCUACCGUAUAUGACCUCAGUAGCUGAUCUUUCGCCAUUACCAAAACCAUUCUUUCUCUGUAAGAAACCUGAAAGUAGUGGUGAAUUUUAUAGAUAUUUUAUAACUUGUUGUUUGUUAAUUGCUAAAAUUUGCGUAUCCGUUCGCUGCUUCUUUACUUAAUUGAUUAUAACAGCAUUCUUAAAAACUUGAAUCCAGAAGGACUUACUUGACACAUUUCAAAACAGACGUUCUUGGAUCUUGUGUUCCCAACCUACUUUGGCCUAAAUAGGCUUGUUAGUUUAAUUACUAUUUCUCUCUUUUUCAUACUUGUUAUAGUCUACUCUGAUGGAUUCAAACGAGAAAAUAGAAACAUUGAAGUCUAUGGGUAUCUCGGAACCCGAUGCUAGGGAAGCAUUAACAAGGUGCAACAAUGAUGUUGAAGCAGCUGCCGAAUAUAUUUUUGGCGGACAUUUAGAGAAAAAUCGCCUGGUCCCUGUUGCCUCUAAUAUCUCUCUGGAGUCCUCUCUUCCAAGCUACAAUGAUUCGUUCUUUCUUCCUUCUCCCCAUAAGCGUAAGAGGCUUUUCGAAAACAUUGGAUCAGUUUUAAAACCGAGUCCUUUGUUCCCUUCUAUUGCUCCUUUUUUGGUAGCUUUGAACGAAAUUCCACUCGCCAGGAACGUACUUAUCCAGUCUCUUAAUGAGAGUGGGUCUCUCGUUGAUUCUGAACCUUAUCUUACACCUUCACAUCAGCAGGAUCAACUGCACCCCUCUUCUUCAUCUGUUUCUCGUUUUAGCCAACAUUCCUAUCACCGCUUUGGUUCUCCUGCUUGGUGGUUUGGGGAGGAACCAUGUGUUCCUCCUUCAAAAGAUGCCCGUUCAAUCCUGCAUUUGCAAACCGCUAGAGCCUUAGAAUUUCUUAGAUCUUCUCAUCGUUUAUAUCUUGAUUCCACUCAUAUAACUUCUUCUUUUUCUCAGUUAUUGUCUGAAGAGGGACUUCGCAAUCAGUCUUUGUCGGACUGCGACGUGCUCAACUCCUUCGUGUCAAGAUUCUUCAGCCAUCCGAAUCGAAAGUACGAAGAAACCUUUGCAUCUGCCAUAGUAAAAGGUAUUAAUGAGGAAAAGAGCAGUCACUUGUUUUCAUUCAAACCCAGUUCAUCACCAGAUCUUCGGUUGAGUAUAGAGUCAUGUUUGGAUCUUAUGUUGCACCCUUCUUCUAUACCCACAAAAGAUUGGGCAUGGCUAAGCAGACCAGCCAAAGUGUUUUGCUGCUCUGUUCCAGGAAGUCGAACAUCUGGUGUUCCUCGGAUCCUACUGACUACGAAAAUUAAUUUAAGUAAAUGCAUUUAUGAAAAUAAGCAAGCAGUGUUACAUCGAUAUCAACUUGAAACAGAUUACAAAACAAUAUUGAAGGAAUGGGAAGAUUUAUAUAAUACGCUUACAGGGAGGAAAAUAAUAAAGUAUGACAUUACAGAGCUUUUGAAUGAUGGUCAUAUCCUUUUGAAAGACAGAAACUCGGCAUUAGCAAGUCAUUUGGACGUGAUCAGGGAGACGACAAAGAAUAAAUUGAAUACUCUAGUCGAAAAUACGAAUGCAGUACAGCAUAAACUCGCUUCAUUAUAUAAUGAUUUGAAGAAUCCAUGCAUUCGCCGCUUAAGAGCUGUUAUUUUGGAACCCUCAAUAUUGUAUAUUUGCUUAGACCAGAAUAAUACAAAGGAGAACAGUGAUGUGCCGCGAAUAAGCCCUACCAUGGAUUCUCGCCAAUGGUACUUGGUGAACUUUACAUCUGCUGCCAUUAUAACUGAUGAGAUCUUACCAUGUGCAGUAAAGCCAGUAACAUUCGAUGAAGUGGUACUCAAUUUUGAGAAUCACGUCUCUUAUCAUUCUCGAUUUUUGAUCUAUGUUGCUGAUGAACCACCAACAGAUUCCCAUGCUUCGUCAAUACCGAAUACGAUUAAGCACUUUAUUCAAGAAGACAAUGAAUAUUUCGAUGAUGAGCUUUCGGGUCGUGCUUUUUGUGAUAGUACUAGCACCCGAAGCUCGAGAAGCAAUGAUAGCGGUGACGAUACGUCCGAUUUUGAUCCAGAAGAUCAUGGAUUACAGUUACAUAUUCCACGUAUAAAUACAAAUGUACGAGGACAUCAAUCAAGGAACAGUGCUUGUGAGUUCCCUGAGAGUAUGCACGUGGAGCAUAGUAAAGAAGAGUUAUGAGUUCGUUGAUUUAAUAUUUAUGUAUGUAUUCAUGUUGAUAUUCGAGAAAGUGGGAGUACAUUAGAUGACAUUCUUUUCAUAACAGUUGUGACGUCUUGUCAAAGAUGUUUCAUAGAAAAAUGAUGGAUUUACGAAUUGCUUUGAUGAUUAUAAAAAGGAAAAAAAAUUAAAGUGAAAUAUUGAUUGCAAUUGUAGGGAAGGAAAAAUGCACUUAAAUAGUAUGCGUCUCCCAAAUGAGGAGUACUUUUCAGAGGUCUAAGGUGAUACAAGUGUAUUGCAUUCAAACACUUUGAAU